CAUGUCUACUAACUACGGCUUCUGUUAGCUCGGAGUACCAGCUGCUCAUGCUAACAAGCUAACGAGCUAACGUUAGAUAUGCUAGCUCUAGGCUACGAGUUAAAACGAGUGUUGUUGUCUGUUGUUAGCUAGCAGGCUAAUUGUAACACUUCCGGUUCUUCAUUCUGAUGAAGCCGAAUAUCUAAAUCUUCAGUCCGGAGGUUGGUGAGCAGUUCAUAUUAUUUAAAUAUCACCUGACACCUGUUCAAAGAGCUAAAGUUAGAUAAUUCAUACAAAAAAAGCCUCGAGAAACCGAACACUUCACACCAGACUGCAUUCAAAAAAAGGUGAAUUUAAUGUUGAAUUAACGUUACAUUUUAAUCCACAAUAAAAGGAGAGACCGAGCAGUUUAUAAACACAAAACCAGAAAUGAGGAAUUAAUUUUGUUAAAAUGUGUCAUAAAAUAAUUCUGAGUUGUAUUCUUUGUUCACUGCUGCUGUCAAACAAAGAACCAUUAAAGGUCCAGGUUUUUAAACGAGGUUUGGUUUGACAAAAUAAAUCCCCUGUCGGCUAAAAUAGAGAAGAAGUUUCAAACUGAACACUGUCAUUUAUGUGUAUCACUUUGGAGGGUCUGUUUCUAUAAUAUCUAACGUAUACAUCUGUUUUAUGGCACUGGAACAUGUCUCAAGGUGUUUGUCAAUAACGAUUUUAUUUUGAAAAUAUGCCCGGAAAUCGCAUCGUUAGCUGUGUCUGCAGCUUGUUGUGUAUUAAAGUAACAGUUGACUUUGGUUUCUUUGGUUGAAGUGCUGCACUGUGCUUGUUUUUAAAGUCAUAUAUGGGUCAGAGGUUAGCUUUGCUUCCUGUUUAUUAUGUAAUAAUAACUUAGUGUCUGGAGAGUUAUGGUGUGUUUGUUCAGGCUGUGAUGGGAAACUCUCCUUCAGGCUGGGAAACCUCUGGUGGUUUCAGCUUUCAAAUCAUAAAUUAUUCUGUGAAGACAAGUGUAAUCGGCAAAAUGCCAUAAACUAACCACAAUGAGGAGGAGGAAAUGUAAUCAUCUGUAAACUCACAUCGCGUAUUCAUGGACUACUUUAUCGAAGAAGUUAAGAAUUCAAAGCAUAAACAAACAAAGGUUGAAUAUCCUGUAAACAAUUUGAUUUGGCUGCAAAAUACACUGACACACAGAAGAAGUUUCCUUUGGUUGCAAUCUGCAAACCCGCCGCUAGAUGGCGCCAAAUCCCACACGCAGUACCUUUUUUAAUGGCUCCUACGUCUAUCGGAAGCCUUUUUAUUUUUGCUUAUUUUAUUUGUGCAAUUUAUUUAUUUGUAUCCGCUCUGAUCGGGAGACAUUGUUUGGAUGUUUGACCUAAAUCAAACACUGUUGGAUGUUUUCUUUUGCUGCUGCUGAGGUGGUUCCUCUGUUCUCACACACACACACACGCACGCAUGCACGCACGCGCACACACACACACACACUUUAAGCUUCAGGCUAAGUCAUCAGCUGGCGAUCUAAGCGUGUCACGCCUUGUCGGGGGGGGCGGACACAUUCUUCACCCCCGCUGAACUUCGCUGUUAGCUCGAGCUUCUGGAGGUCACGAGGAGUGUGUGUGUGUGGGGGGGGGGCACUGGUUCCCAGUUUGUCUGUACUGGAGGAGCUGAAGGAGGAUGAAGCUGAUCUCUGAGCAGAGCCAUGAAGAUCCAGACCUGCGGCUCCUUAUGGCUGUUUAUGAUGAGAACAUCCUGAAGAACCAUUUCUACUUGGCGCUGGAGAAGCAGAGACCGGACCUCUGCAGCCGAGUGGCGGAGCUCCACGGCAUCGUUCUGGUGCCUUGUUGUGGAAGUUUGACCGAUAGCAGCUACUCAGACUCUCAGUUCGACAGCUAUGUCCUGCAGCCGGCGGAGGACGGAUACCAGACUGUGGACGGAAAGGAGGUCCGGAUCCAGGACAGGCGGGUCCUGCUGGGGUCCGGCUUCCCGGCUCCCUCGUCGGUCCCCAUCCUGUUUGAGGAAACCUUCUACAACGACCGGGAGCAGAGCUACAGCAUCCUGUGCAUCUCGCGGCCCGUGGAGGUGGACCCGAGCCCGGCCGAGCUCGGCCCGCUGGCCCCUUACUGCCUGAAGAACCUGGAGGACGUCCGGGAGUUCCUGGGACGCCACGGACAGAAACUGGACAAAUUCAUCCAGGGCUUCUGUCAGGCCUUCAGGGAGCAGGAGAGGAAGGGACUCCGACACCACAUAGACUCGGUGAACGGUCUUUACACUAAAUGUCUUCAGUGUCUGCUGAGAGACUCUCGUCUGAAACUUCUGGCGAAGCAGGAGCUUCAGAUGACUCUCCUCAAACAGGCGGUGGAGAUGUACGUUCACCAUGGUAUCCAUGAUUUAAUGUUUAACUUUGUGGGAACGCUUGAAGCCAGCCAGGACGCUGCCUUCAACAAAACCGCCAGGAGUCUGCAGGAGCUGCAGCAGAGCGAGCUGGGAGUGAAGCCUGAGUUCAGUAUGAACUUGUCUCUGGCAAAGAGAGAGCUGAGUCAGCUCAACCAGCAGACCUCCCCCCUCCUCAAGCUGCUCUGCCUCCGCAGAGUCGCCCUGACCGCCACCCAGACCCCCCGAGGCACCGUGAGUAUAGAGGCCGUGUCUGCAGACGACCUGCUCUCCGUCAUCCUCUACCUGCUGGUGAAGACGGAAAUCCCCAACUGGAUGGCCAACCUGAGCUACAUCAGGAACUUCUGCUUCAGCCACUCCAGUAAAGAUGAGCUCAGCUACUGUCUGAGCACCUUCGAGGCUGCGGUGGAGUACAUCAACCUGGGGAAGCUGCAGGACACGCGCUCCGGCUCGGGUGAGCUGAAUGACAAGGCGCUGUUCAAAGAGAGGAUGAGUCUGCUGUCUCAGAGCGCUGCCACGCCCAUCCACUGUCUGUUUGAGGUGAGCUCAGGGAACCCAACCGCCGCGCUGCAUGCUCACCGGUUUACCAAACAAUCACACGGUCAGAAAUAAAUAUAAAAGAGUCAUGUGGUUGAAUGUUGAGGUUGAAAUUCCUUUAAUGAAUCCCCAGAAGUUUGCUCCAAAGAAGUCAGAAGCAAAGAUAAUCUAAAGGAUUCAAGGAUCAGUUAUUGUCUUUAUGUAACAUAGGGAGCCACCAUGUAACACAACAACACUCCUGGACUGCAUCUCUUUUUAUUUGCAUCUUAAUGAAUGUAAACAGCAGCGACAAAAACUAUUCUCUGGGCAGAUAACAUGGCCGACGUCUUCACAGUAAACAUCCAGCUCCUCUGGUGCACCAGAGUCCAGCUUGAUCUCUGUGAAGAUGUGGGCUCAACAGUCACCGACCUCCCGCUGCUUUCAUCCAUCUUAUUUUAUUGAGACCGACCAUCAGACAGCCAAGGAGCAUGCUGGGUAGUGGAGUAGCUUCAGGUCCUAGCUGGGUUAGCUUAUCUUCUAUCUCGGCUCUCCUCUCUCUCCUCUCUGGGGCGGUUUGGUCUGGUUGGUCGUCUGAAAGUCCGCUGCUCUUAAUAUAAUAUAUAUAUAAUAUAAUAGUUGUGUUUGGAUUUCCAUGAGACCUCAAAAGGAUACAAGACUCUCUGGUAAUGCUGCACAUUUCCUUCAACCGUAGUUCUACAUGAACCUGCUCACAACAACAUCUGUGGAUCCUCUUCAGUAACCAGGUCAUGACUUCUGCACAGAGACCAAUGAACAGAAGUUACAGUUACAGUUACACUGCAGAGGAGUGACGUACAGACGCCGUAUAUGAGAC